CAGACGGAUAGAGACCCGCCCGUCUCUCCCUCCCGGAAAUCCCGCUCCCGCACCGCCUUUCCGCCUUCAGGCGAGCAACAAGGCAAGAAUCCCGCGGCGAGGAUCGGCGAUUCCGGAUGGCCGCGGCCGCAGCGUCCUCGGUGGCGAGGCGUGCCGCCUCGCGCGGCGGCCAGUUCAUCGCCCGCGCCUUCGCCUCGGGAGUUGGCGGCGGCGGCGAGAAGGCCAAGCGGGUGCUGGUGCCGGUGGCCGCCGGCACGGAGCCGAUCGAGGCGGCGACCACCGCGGACGUCCUCAACCGCGCCGGCGCGCGGGUCACCGUCGCCACCGCCGACCCGCCCGGGGACGACGGCCUCCUCGUCCAGGCCGCCUACGGGGUCAAGCUCGUCGCGGACGGCCGCGUCGCCGACCUGCAGGGGGAGCCCUUCGACCUCAUCGCCCUGCCGGGAGGAAUGCCUGGAUCAGUUGGCCUCAGAGACUGCAAAGCGCUCGAGAAGAUGGUCAAGACCCACGCCGAGGAUGGGGGCCUCUACGGCGCCAUCUGUGCUGCGCCGGCGGUGACGCUGGCUUACUGGGGCAUGCUCAAAGGCUUAAAGGCGACAUGUUAUCCGUCGUUCAUGGAGAAGUUCACUGCAGAGGUGAUCCCUGUGGACUCGAGGGUCGUGGUCGACAGAAAUGCGAUCACCAGCCAGGGUCCAGGAACCGCAGUCGAGUUUGCUCUUGCUUUGGUGGAGAAGCUGUAUGGCAAAGAGAAGAUGGAGGAGGUUGCUGGACCUUUGUACUUGCGUCCUCAACAUGGAGUUGAAUAUACCAUAGAAGAACUUAAUUCGGUUGAAUGGAAAUGUGGCAGCACACCUCAGGUUCUUGUUCCAGUUGCUAAUGGUUCAGAGGAAAUUGAAGCUGUCAAUUUGAUAGACGUGUUGCGUAGAGCAGGAGCAAAUGUUAUCGUUGCGUCGGUGGAGGAGAAGUUACAAAUUGUGACCCGUCGCCAUAAGUUUAAUCUAAUUGCUGAUAUGAUGUUGGAUGAAGCCAUUAAAAUGCAAUUUGAUUUGAUUGUCAUGCCGGGAGGUUUGCAAGGUGCUCAGAAGUUUGCUAGUACAAAGCAACUUGUUGACUUACUCAAGAAACAAGCAGAAUCCAAUAAACCUUAUGGUGCAAUAUGUGCUUCUCCAGCUCAUGUGCUUGAGCCGCACGGUUUACUGAAGGGCAAGAAGGCAACAGCAUUUCCACCUAUGUCACACCUGCUCACAGACCAGAGCGCAUGUGAGCAUAGGGUUGUUGUAGAUGGUAACCUUAUCACCAGUAGAGCCCCAGGCACUGCGACAGAGUUCGGCCUAGCCAUUGUUGAAAAACUGUUUGGUCGAGAUAAAGCUGUCAGUAUAGCGAAGGAGUUGAUCUUUAUGUGAGAUUGCACUAAUCUGGUGGUAUGAGAAGUAUCAUAAUGUGGAUAAACAUACCAGAAACCUGAUAGUGGUGCUUCUGUUUCUAUGCCUGAACUGGUAAUAGGCUUAUAGCUGCCUGAGGAUUUCAGUUGAAUGAUACUAUUACAUCACACUGUAAAUUGUGAGCCAAGAAUGUACAUCUUGCAUUCGGUAAGACCAUAAGAGAAAGGUUAUUGUGACUCGUUACUUGUAAAUACGUGCACUGGCUGUUCAAAGAAACUAAGAAAGACAAGGCGGAGGUGCUACCUUCCCACCACCCACCUACCCUACGUCUGAUCAUCAUGGAUUUACACGGGGUUAAGAAGCUGUUUGGCAAAAGAGAGAGCGCUGGACACUUCCAGAAAUAAGGUCUUCAUGUCGUGGUAAACUGUACUGUAUGCUAUUGAUUUGAUAAGAAUUGUACUCUUUUCGAUGU